UUCGUUAUGGCUCUGGAGCGGGUGUGCGUUUUGGAAAAGGGGGAUUCUGGCUACGGAUUUCACCUGCACAGCGAGAAGUCGCGCUCGGGCCAGUACGUGAGGCUGGUGGAACCUGACUCCCCGGCUGAGAAGGCAGGACUGAGGGCAGGGGACCGACUGAUCCGGGUGUGCGGGGAGGAUGUGAGGGAGCUCGGGCACCAGCAGGUGGUGAGCAAAAUCCGGGCUGCGACUGAACGACUCACCCUGGAGGUACAAGGGCUAGAGGAUGAGUUGGCUCCCAGUUCCCCUAAAGAAGAGAACAAGGUGGCUGAGAAGCAAUCCAUCUCUGUCCUGGAAAGGAAGGAACUGCGACCACGACUCUGCACCAUGAAAAAAGGACCAAACGGUUACGGAUUCAACCUGCAUAGCGACAAGAAUAACCCAGGGCAGUUUGUACGAGCAGUGGAUCCUGACUCACCUGCUGAACAGGCAGGGCUUCUACCCAUGGAUCGCAUUUUAGAGGUUAACGGAGUGAAUAUGAUUGGGAAACAACAUGGUGAUGUGGUGGCUGCCAUCAAAGCAGGUGGCGAUGAGACUUCUUUGCUAGUUGUGGACUCCGAGACUAAUUCCUACUUCAAGGAGUGUAAUGUGGUUCCUGGAAAACAGCAUCUGACUGGCCCUCUACCUGAAAAGAUAGCCAAUGGUGGCCUGGAGAAGCUUAAUAACUUGGAUGAACAUGAUCACCCAGAGUCCCCUCUAUCUUCACCGGAGCCUGUGUCCGAUACAGUCACCCCCAAACUGGAAGCACAAAAGGACAGCUCAGAAAAUACCCCAGCAACUGCCUUCACAUCCCCCGCAGAGCCCGUCCUUGACCUGAACAUGUCACUGGCAGUAGCCAAAGAGCGAGCCCACCAGAAACGGUCACAGAAGAAGGCACCAUCUAUGGACUGGAGUAAAAGGAGAGAAGUGUUCAGCAGUCUGUGAGACCAAGAAUCCAAGAAGAGCUGCUGCAUGCCUUAACCAUUCUGUGGCUUCUCCCAGCAGCCUCUUCCUGUCCCGCAUUCCUUUCCUGCGGCAGCACAGAGCACUUCCUAUUCUACAAAGGGUGUUUUGUUGGCCAUUAUCAGCUGGAUUGUAAAUAACCUAUUUCUGGCUCAAAUCCGUCCUGGUCUAUCUCCUCCUGUGCAGCCCCAUAAUGUGACAUUGUUACUGAUCAGAAUAAUGCUGGACUGUACGACGCUGCACAGUGUGUAUGGUCACAUGCUGCAAACUUUGCUUUAGUCGCGUGGCAGUGGCAGUGGCUGUUGUUCUAGCUGCCCUGCUGAGCCGGUUUAAUUCAUGAUUAGAAACUACAUUCCAGAAACUCUCUCUCGUGGUCCUACUGAAUUUCCACUUUUUUUUUCUAAGACUUUGAUCAGAAGUUUGUUUUGUGACGAUUAUAUAACAAAAUAUUUUGCUAUUUAGCUAAAUACAGAUUUCAUGACUUUUAA